UGUGCCAAAAACAACACGGUUGUUCACUGUGAAACGCUUACAAUGCAGUUGCAGCAGAAAAUAGAUUUAAGAAAAUAUUUACUAUUUACUAAUAUUUACUAAUAUUUAAAUAAACAAGUAAGAACAAAAAAAGGAACACAAUAAAUGAACAAUUGCGUGGCCCCUUUUCACACUGCAAGUCUGAUGGCACUAUGGUGUGAUAAGAGUGUCUGGUAAAUGACCAGAAUGUUAAUAUAAAUAUUAACACUUGCAAAGCAAGCUGGGCAUUAUUCUAAAGAGCUCUGCCCCCAAAACAAAGCCAAUAAUCAUUUUUACAUAAACAUUUACAUUUUGGUAAUUUAGCAGACACUCUUAUCCAAAGUGACUUAUAGUCGUUGCAUUCAACUAAAGUAGAUAAACAACCACAUAUCACAGUCUGUUACCACAUCACAGUCUAUCACAUUGUUACCUUAACUGAGAAUGUUGUUGUGGUGAAGGCAUGUACUUGCAAAAGUAUUAUGUAUUUUGAAAAUAUCAAAAUACCUAAAAUAAUUAUAUUGUGAUUAGAUACAACACUUUGCAGAAGUAUUUUGAAUUGCAUUUUGAUACAUUGGUCUUUAGAGUAUUUUGACAUUUUAACAAGAAAGUAUCUUUGCCCAUCUCUGCCCGUUGUCAGGUCUCACCUGUUUUCAAUAAUGAACCAUGUAACACCAUGUAACAAUUUGUUUAAUCUAUUCUGUUGUAGAAAAUGUCAGUUAAUGACAAUCUUUGUUUUCACCUCAUUACUGCUAUCUCAUGGGGAAAUUGCAGAAGGUAUGUGUUGCUUUCCGUCUUCAGUCUGGAGAACUGCCUUAAAGUUUUAUUGAAAAGCUUAAUUAAGUGUGUGUACGUAAGUGUCACAAAUGUACUUUAAUUGUUUUUAAACAGCAUACCGUGUUAAUCAUAUUAAAAUCAAAAGGUAUGUAGCAUUCCAUCCUCCUUGUCAAUGGCAAUCUCUCAUUGGUUGUGUCUAUGCAUGUGGCAGGUGUCAAUCACCAUACUGGAUGAGAAUGACAACAGUCCCGAGUUUGAUAUCACAUCUGAUUCGUCGGUGGAGAUUCCAGAGAACACGCCCAUCGGGAAGAGAGUGGCUGUGGUGCUGGGGCGCGACAAAGAUGCUGGGAAUAAUGCACUGGUGAACUUCAGUCUGGUGGCAGGGAACAUGCAGGAUGUGUUUGAGAUCCGGACAGUGAACCACACCAAUGGAGAGAUCUACGUCAACUCCCCUCUGGACCGAGAGUCUGUUGACCGCUACCUGCUCAAGGUGCGUGCCAUGGACAGCGGUGUGCCUCCCCACUACAGCGACCUCUCUCUCACUGUCAACAUCCUGGACGUCAACGACAACACACCCAUCAUCGAGAGCCAGGGGGGCUACAACGUCAGCAUCAGUGAAAAUGUGGGGGGUGGUACGUCCGUCCUGCGCGUGGUGGCCACAGACCAUGACAUCGGGUCAAACGCCAUGCUCUUCUACUACAUCACCUCGGGUAACCAGGACCUCACCUUCCGUAUGGACCGCAUGACAGGUGAGAUGACAACCCGACCAUGCCCACCCGACCGUGAGCGCCAGCAGGAGUACCGGCUGACCGUGAUGGUGGAGGACGAUGGUACACCUCCACUAUCGGUGAGUCAGAGAGGGUUAGAGGUCAAGGGUGUGAGGGGGUGGGGGCUGACACACAGAGCUAAGGGAACAGGGAUGAUUUGAAUUGGACAGGGUUUUGGUCACUGUGUUACCAGGGUCACGUUUAGUAGGCAAAUGUUGCAAAACAUAAUGAAUAGAGCCUUCUACAUGUCAGAUAGGCAUGCUUAUUUUAUCUUAACGUUACACAACAUUGUGCCUUGUUAAAC